CACCAUUGAGAGUGGAAUUGAAAGAAACUGAUGAUUUACAAGACCCUACGAACAAGUGGAAACUCCAAAGGCAAAAGUAUAGUAAACAGAAAACCUUCUCAAAGAAGGCAACCUCUAUCACAAAGAAGAAAUCCAAACCAAAUGCAAAGAGCCCAAAACCAGAAAGAAAACUUGGGUGUGCUUUUAGAGGUGGAAGUAAGGAAUGA